GGAAAAUAUCAGAAAGUAUGCAAACAACCAACAUCCCCAUGUCUUCAGAUCUGUCACAAGCAUAGAGAGCCGAAUUCCAAAAUUUUGCCGCAAAAAGGAAUCCUAAAAGUAGAACUCUCGUCCCAAGUCCCAUUCACGAGUGCUCCACUACUGUUCAUACUUCAUAUAGAAGAAACACUGCACAGCCGACGAAGGACGCUUUACUAUUUAUACACACGCGCACACACACGGAGAGAGAGAGAGACAGACAGACAGACAGAGAUAUGGAGGUGGCGGAAUCGCGGCAAUUUUCGUCCAUCACACUGUCCAGGAAAGCCUGAACGCGUUCUUAUUUCUCAUCUAGUGUCUAAUCAUCUUUUUCAUUCGCCAAGCAUCCCGCCAUUCCAUGUCUGACUCUCUUCCAUCCUUUUCACAAACCUCUUGGUCCUUAUAGCUCUCUCUGCAUCUGGUAUUUCCUCCAAUUGAGAAUCUGGGGAGGCGAAAGGGAAAAGGAUGAUACCCUUAUUGUUUUUGCUGUUGAUUGUGGAGGGGUUGGUGGUCUUGCUGCUUACCAUCAAGAUAGGUCCUCUGAGGGAACUCACUAUCAGGGGCCUGGACCAGCUUGAGAUAGGGAAGGGCCCUGCCACUCUUAAAACCCUAGCCUGCACAAUGUUGCUCAUCUUCCUCUCCAGCUUCAUCAGCAUUCUUAAGAUUCAGAACAGGGGCAUCAAGACCGGCACCACCACCCCAAUGGAUCAGGUCCUUUGGAGGACCCGCCUACUGGAAGUCUCUCUUACUGGGUAUUCUCUUUUUCUCGGUUUUGUCAUUGUUCGGUUGCAUCACUAUCUCAGAAAACUCACUGGUUGUCGGCUAGCGGUUGGUGCUUCAAAAUUACAUGCCAAGAAACUUCAGGAAGAGUGCCUUCUCCUCAAAGAGAAGGAAGAGAAGGUUUCUCAAGAAACAAAGACUCUGAAAGAAGAAAUUUUGCAACUAUCAGAACAACUAAAGAAACUGAAACUGAAAUCUGAAGAAAAGGAGAAACAAUUACGAUCUGCAGAAGCCAAUGUUCUUGCCCUUCAGAAACAAUCUCAAGAUUUGCUUCUGGAAUAUGACCGCCUAUUAGAGGAUAACCAAGCUCUGCAGACCCAGAUGCUUUCAUUCAAAAUGUGAGAAUCCCCUUGAGUGAUAUGCCCUUUUAAGACUCCGGAAUUGCUAGAAGUUUUGUUGCCAAUUUCUGGUGUUAUUGGAAGAAACAUUGAUUUGGCCCUGGAAAGUUGAUUAUUUGCAACUUUCCUUUUUUGAGGCUUUCGGCAUUCUUCCUCCCCUUUCCUUUUUGUCUGACCUGCUCCUGUCGUCAAGCAGUCCACUGUACAUCCUUUGUGAGGAAAUAUGAACAUAGGUAACAGUUGUUAUCUCCUGAUCUGGUUUCAUAGCUGGGGCUUAAUGCUGGAGACAUGCAAUGCAAUAUGCUGCAGCUUGUGAAUGGCAGCUGCACUGCUUGCUGCUGUUCUUGUAUUUCUUGGGAAAGCAGAAGUGUGGCAAAUUGCUACUAGAAUAUGUGUUUUUUCAGUGCCAUAUAUAUGCAAUAUCUGAUGUAUUUUGAAAGCUUUUAUUUAUUUAUGUUUUUUCGUA